AUGGAGAGGUACUCAACAUCAGUGCCUUAUGACAAGUCAUCUAAACGCUAUAAAGAUAUCAGUCAGGCAGUCACUUAUCACAUAGCUAAGGACAUGCUUCCACUCAGUACCGUGGAGAGACCGGGUUUUAAAAACCUACUUCACGUGCUUGACCCACGAUAUGUUCUUCCUGGGCGAAAAUACUCCUCAAAAACUGCCAUUCCCCAAAUGUACCUGUUGUGCAAAGACUCCGUGCAAAAGGAAAUAUUGGAAGCAAAGUACUUUGCCACAACAUCCGAUCCGACCUGUGGUCAAGCCGUACGUCGGAGCCGAGAACUAAUUGCAGAAGGGCUGAAAGAGGCACUGCUGUCCUGGGGUCUGAUUGAGAAAAAAAUGGUGUGCAUCACCACAGACAGUGGUGCAAAUGUGGUGAAGGCGACUUCACUCAACAACUGGACAAGGCUACAAUGUUUUGGCCAUCGUUUGCAUUCUGCAAUUGGUGCUGCAGGAAAGGAUAAAAGAGUGGACAGGGCUGUAGGUGUUUGCAAGAAAGUGGUCUCUGCCUUUUCUUACUCAUGGAAGAAAAAGAGUGCACUCUCCAAAGCACAGGAACGUCUCCAUCUUCCCACACACCAGCUGAUCACAGAGUCACUAACCAGAUGGGGCUCAAGGCAGAGGAUGGUGGCAAGGGUCCUAGAGCAACAAAAGGCCAUUACUGAAGUUCUGUCUGCAGACAAAAACACCAGGCACCUGAUCCCAACUUGGCAGGACAUUGAUGUCCUUGAGUCUAUGAAUGCAGCCUUGACUCCUCUCCUGGAGUUCACAGACUCCCUUUCGGGUGAGUCAUAUGUGACCGUCUCUUAUGUGAAACCUGUGCUCCACCUGUUCCGCUCCAAUUUGCUUGAAGUAAAUGAGGGGGACACUCAGCUCACAAAAGAGAUGAAGACAAAAAUAAUGGCCUAUCUUGAUGAGAAGUAUGCAGACCCUGACACAGAUGAUCUCCUUGACAUGGCUACCUUGAUGGACCCCAGGUUUAAAGUCCAGUACAUCAGACCAGAGAAGGUAGGGGCCAUUAAAAUGAGAGCAGUGUCUGAGGUUAUGAAGGAAGGCCAAGGCCAGUCACUGGCAGGGCCUUCUGAGGGAGCAGCAAAUCAAGGUGCAGAAGGUGGAGCUGCGGCUGCGGCUGCGGCUACACCACCUCUACCACUGGGCGUGAAGAAGCAACGCAAGUCAUUGGGGAGCUUCUUCAAAAAGCAGAGUCAAGAAGAAGUUGACCUGUCUGAUGAACAACAAGUGGAGAGUGAGCUGGAAACGUACCUGAGGUGCCCUGAUGCAGACAGUGAGGCUGAACCCCUGGACUGGUGGAGGCUCCAUGAACACAACUUCCCCAGAUUGUCUCAACUGGCAAAAAAGUACCUGUGCAUCCCAGCCACCAGUACCCCCUCAGAAAGAAUUUUUAGUACUGGGGGUAAUUUUAAAACCAGAGAAGGUCAACCAGCUGGUGUUCUUAGCACAAAACCUUGA